CACAAGAACGACCAGUGACUAAUUCUAUCCUUAUCCUAGAUUACAUUAUCCAGUCCACCAGGAUAAAAACUGGCUCAUUCUCUCGCCGGCCGGAGAGGGAAAGAGCGACUAAAAUGGCGUGCUCGUCGGCCCUAUUCUCUCACAUCAGCUUCCACACUAACCCUAUAAACUCUCCAAAACCCAACAAACCAAACCGUAAAAUCGUAACAGUCGCCGCCAUUCCACCACUCUCCACCGCCGCCGACGUCUCCACAAUAACCGCGCAAUUCGAUGGCGCAACCAUUGCCGUUAUCGGCGGCAGCUCAUUAGCCGCUCUCGCCGCCGUUCUAUCAGUAGCCGACCCCGAGAAGAGGCGGAAGCUGCAAGCGGAGGAGGUCGGCGGCGGAGAUAAGGAGGUGGUGAGGGAGUACUUCAAUGGAAAUGGGUUCCAGAGGUGGAAGAAGAUAUAUGGGGACACUGAUGAGGUGAAUAAAGUUCAAUUGGAUAUACGAAUUGGACACGCGAAAACAGUUGAGAAUACGAUGAAGAUGUUGACUGAUGAAGGGUCUCUUCAAGGUGUUACUGUCUGUGAUGCGGGUUGUGGUACUGGGAGUCUUUCGAUUCCGUUGUCGAAGGAAGGUGCAUUUGUGUUUGCUAGUGAUAUCUCAGCUGCAAUGGUUGCUGAAGCCGAGAAACAGGCAAGAGAAGAGCUUUCAACUGGUAAGGAUGAGCUCUCACCAGCCCCGGUAAUGCCAAAAUUUGUUGUGAAGGAUUUAGAGAGCUUAGAUGGGAAGUAUGACACAGUGGUUUGCUUAGAUGUUUUGAUACAUUAUCCACAAAGUAAGGCAGACGCAAUGAUCGCCCAUCUUGCUUCUUUGGCUGAGAAUCGAUUAAUUCUAAGUUUUGCCCCAAAGACAUUCUAUUAUGAUUUGUUGAAGAGGGUUGGAGAGUUGUUCCCUGGUCCUUCAAAGGCAACAAGGGCGUAUCUCCAUGCAGAAGCUGAUGUAGAGAGGGCAUUGCAAAAGGUUGGGUGGAGGAUAAGGAAAAGAGGUUUAAUUACCACACAAUUUUACUUUGCAAAGCUCAUUGAGGCUGUUCCUUCUUAGCAGGGAAGAGAGGUCAGCUUUGAUUUUUACAUUAAUUUCCUUUCCAAAGUGGCUGAAAAUUAGGAAAUUCCUCAAAUGUUUUGUAAAGCAUUAGAUUUUCCUUGUAUGUUAUUAUUUUCUGUAUGUAGUCACUAAUACUACAUAAAUUCGAUUAUAUGAUUAUCUGUGAAACUAGACGUUUUAUUUGGGUAAAGUGGAGGCAAAAAAAAUCUAUCACUGAACUGCUAGAUCAUUUUGGUAGCGUUUUUGUCUGUUCUUUUCGUUCUCAAACAACGGCAUAUGCAGUUCAACCUCUGAAAUGCAAUCCAAAUAUUCUCGUGUCUGGAACUUAGUGGAGCACCGAACCAUGUUCUGUUGGGUGAAAAAGUAAAAUCAACUGAAAUUAGAACUUUUAUUGCUA